AUGGAAUCACAUAGACCUGAUACAUGGGGAGUCAAAGAAGUCGGAGACUGGCUCGUUUCUCUUGAGCUUGGGCAAUAUAAGCAAAAAUUCGAAGGUCUGUCAAUCGAUGGGAUGCUUCUUUUUGAAAUGACUGACACAGAUCUUAUGAAUGACUUAGAAGUGCCUGUUAGACUUCAUAGAUUCAAAAUUUUAGAAAAUAUUAAAAAACUUAAAGAUCGCUGUCUUGCAGACCCAAGAGAGCCAGAGCAAGAAGACAACUCUCAGCAGCAAGCAAAUUCGCGUGCUGUUGUUCCUGAAGUUGAAGAAGUCAAAUGGGAAAUGGGCCCGGAAGUUGGAAUGAGUCUCCUAGAAAAUCCAAUGGCGUUCUUCUUGUUAAUGAGCACUAUUCCCAGCUAAAGCCAGGAGUUACACUCUGGGCUACAGAUUUCCAUUUUGGUCUAGAGUCGACCAGAAAUUCCACCCUUUUGAAUUUUAAUGGCCGAAAACCCUGUUGGCGCACGGCACGGCAAUGCGACUCACUCAAAUACCUGCAAGUGCACAUCCUCGGCCGCUAAAUAGCAACCUUUGUAAGGUCGUAUACGAACUGGCGAGCAGGCUUACUAGUGGAGAUGGUCCUUGUAAAAUUACAACGAGCUCUUCAAUAAGUCUUAAUAACUAUUUAGCUUGUUUUAAAAGCAGUUGAAGGACAGCUCUUAAACAAUACUUUUCUUAUCGGCGCCGAAGGCGCCUCUAUCGGAAGAAAUUCUGCAUCUAACGAUAUCGUUAUAGGUGAAAGUUUUGUGAGUCGAAAACACUGUGAAAUUAGAUUUAACCAGCAAACGAACCAGUUUUUACUAACAGAUACAGGCAGCACAACAGGGACUUUUCUGAUGGUAAGGCAGCCUUUACAUCUUGAUCUCGGCAUGAUGUUCCAAAUGGGCUUGAGUGAAUUUAAGGUAAAUAACGUCAGAUAUAACCCUUAUGGAAAAGUCACAGCCCUUGAGCUUGCUAUAUAUGAAGGACCCGCAAGGCAAAAUACCAUAAAUGUAAACUCUGAAGGACUGACUAUUGGAAGGGACACUGCAAAUACGUAUUGUAUAAGAGAUUAGAUUAGAUUAAAAGUUAGAAUAGGUCUCGGGGGUUAUUUCAGCUCCUUUCUGCCUUCACCGACUUAAGACUCCUCGUCCUAGGCAUCGGGCUGCACUUACAAAAUAAGGUGACUUCAGUAUCUUCUAGGAGGCACAUCCAGGUACUUCCUUGGACAACUCCUAGCAACCGGCAUCAUCAUCUACCUGGAGAUAGAAGGAAGCGACUCCGAAUCCUUCUUCUGGUCUCCAUUAACCUCCUCCACAUCCAAAAGUGUGGAGUUGUCAUAUGAACUCUGGUUUCCUUGUCUAGGGUGCGGGGUAAAACCCUGUCGUAUCGUCCUGACAAGGGAUAAAACUCACCCCAGUCAUAAUUUCCAGCCCCUUCUCUCUUAAAAUCCACGAAAGCCCUGAGGGUAUGGGAGAAGGACGGAUCGGAUAAGUUAUCAUUUUAUUUGUGUAUUGCAUAAGAGAAGAUUCUCAAAUGAGCUCAUUCCAUGGGAAAAUUACGUUUGAUAAUGGGACUUUCUACUUAGCAGAUGUAGGAUCAACUAACAGAACAUGGAGAAGAUUGAGCGGUGAAGGACAAAAAAGUGAGCCCUAUCCACUACUUGUAGGAGACGUUAUUAAAAUUGGGUCAACUGUACUUGUAGUCCAGCUUCCUGAUAGCUCGCAAUUGUCAGCGGUAAUGAAUCCUGCUGAAAAAGAGCCUACUGAGCCAGUCCCUGAGGAGUCUGCAUGCAAAAUAUGCUUUUCAAGAGAAUUAAACGUAGCUUGCUAUCCUUGUGGACACAUGUUUUGCAGCUUCUGUGUAUCAAAAUGCAAUACCUGCCCUAUUUGCAGAAAGAAUAUACAAGAUCUAGUUAAACUGUACAAAUAA